CAGAUGUCAUCUGCCUUGUGACGAUUUGCCGACAUCUGUGAAGGACUCGAACUCGAGUGACAGCAAUUUAUUUAUCGCUUUUGUUAUUGUUCAGUGUUUUGUUCAAUAUUGGCCUUUGAAAAUACGUCGUAGAUAUAUUUCCAUAUUAAUUUCGGCCGUUGCUGUUAUAUUUCGAAGCAUGGCGUUAACGAAUGUGCUGCUAUUGAGCCAAAUAGCAGGCUAUGUAAUUGGACUAAUAUUAUCACUAUGUAUCAUAACACCGAUGAGCAUGCACCUAAAUGAAUUCAAUGACCACUGCCUGCUGUUCUCUCGUGGCCGGUGGCAGGAGGAUGGCCAGCUGCUGGUGUCGUGGGCCCCACGCACCUACUGCGACUAUGUCCUCGUGAUUGGAGUACUCAUGUUCAUAGUCUGCUGUGUGCAGAUCUACAGGCUAUCGAUGUUCAUGUACAAGGGUCUGGACAGCUCGUUCCUGUCCGCCUUCAUGGAGGCGGUGGGCUGCAUGCUGCUGUGCGGGCUGGCCGUGUCCGCCGCCGUCAUGGUGACACUCGGCUUCAUGACCUGGUGCCAGAACAUCGUGGAGCGGUUCCCCAGUUGCGAGAACGCGGCCGGGUUGAACAUUGAUAAGCAAGAUAACAUCUCUACAAAUGGUUUCUACAUAGAGAUUGGCACUGCACAGUUCGCAGUGUGGGCGGCGUUCGCGACGUGGGUGGGGCUGGCGGUGUUCUCGACGCUGAAGGUGUGCCGCUACCACCAGCUGGAGAACAUCCAGGUGUCCAUGUACCGCGAGCGGCAGCGCCUCGUCAACGACAGCGGCUCGCCCGCCGCGCCCGGCCGCUCCUCGCCGCCCGCCGACCUCAUGUAGGAACACGGGGGUCCGAUACUACACGAGUAAAUACUACAGGUAUCUUAUACCAUAUGUAUACAAGUCUCGAUCACAUCGUUUGAUCAAAAGGCGAUGCUCUCUCCUAAUUUCACCAUUAUAAGUGAUUAAUUUCCAUAUUUAUUGGCUGAUUAACAUAGUUUUGAAGGUCACGUAAUGUUUUCUUUUCUGGGAUUGAUAUUUAAAAUGGCCUUCCCAAGUGUGGUCUGGUAAAAUUAAGGGUAUAAAUAAACGCCUUUUGCAUUGCCAUCCAAGCAGAAACAGAACUAUAUGAAGCAUUGUAGAUAAAUAAUGCUUCAAGUUGAGAUGAGGCUUGUAAAUUAUAGUUAUUUAUUAUUAAAACGAAACGUUUUUGAACUGAGGGUAACAUUGCGUUAUGAAAGACUGGAAUUAGUCGUUAUGGGAAGGAAAGCAGCAUGCCUCUCAUUUGUUGAAUUAUUAUUGAAAAGGGUUACAUUUCAGUACACAUGCUCAUUGGUUACAAGGAAAUUACAAAUGUUUUGUAAUACAAUUCAUGUCAAUAAUAUUCGAGCACAAAAUUAUGAAUAGUAUUGAACACGAAUUUAUCUACUUUGAAAUAUUUGAGAUUUAUGCAAUAAAUAAAUUGGAGUCACAAAUGAAAGGUUAAUAGAUGUUCUAAAGUUUGGACUUGGAUGAACAUGUAUUGUUGAGAUUUCAGUUUUGAUAAAUAAAUAACCAGUGACGAGAAAACUAUUGUACUAAUAUAUUAUUACCUAGUUGAUCAAAGUUAUAAUGAUCAAUCAGUGAUUUUGUGAUCUAAUAAAUAUAUUUUAGGCUGUAUAUUAAAUAAAUUGUUAUUGUUUUAAAGAGAAAUUAGAUUUUGUUUGUCUCUGAUCAACUCUAUUUCUCUUUGAGAUUGAAAGGGCGACCUGUCGACAAUUUACAUUCCAUUAACUGGUACAAGUGAUUGAAUCUCUCCAAUUUAUUGGAAUGACGAUUCAAUCAACACAAUUUUAAGUCUCCUUUAUGUUUUAUUCUAAUGUAAAAUUGUCUAGACACUACGAAUAAAUAAAUAUACGGCCGCAGAAGAGUAAUAUCAUCAUAUCAAUUAAUGUAUUAUAAUUAUUUUAUGCAAUACAAAUGUUAUAUUUAAUAUUGAAUCUAAUUUAUAGUUGAUUAAAUAUUUUAAUGUGAUAAUAAACUUAGAUUUCGAUUGUUUGUACAAACUAGAGCUUUUAAUGUUUCUUUUAUAGCAAUGUACUAAAAUUUUAAUUUUAAAUUAAAGUUGUUUAGGUUCUGCUUUGAUAUUUGCACUGUUGAAUAUGCAAAUAAAUAAAAGUCGCACUCUGAUUUGUUAAAUAUUACAAACAUAAUUAAGUUACCUGUAAAAAAAUUUGUUCUUAUUUUGUUAUUUAAUACAGUCGUAGGUAAAGUAAUUCAGCCAAAUACACUUGAAGUUGUUUUAGAAAUUUUCUGUAUUUUUACACAUAACUGUAUUCAUGUAACUUAUUGUUGAUUGUAACAUAGCUUUAUAUUUACUUGUAAGAUACGAUUGCAUUCAUUAAAUAAAUCGGAAUAUAUU